UGACAUCUCAGCUUCCCACACCCCGACUUCCCACACCCCGAAAAAAAGUUGGUUCCUUAAGGUACUUGUUCUUCCGACGGAUUUCAACUCCCUUUCUUCUCCCACUCACGAACCCACCCCCUUCAUCCCGCCGAACGACCUUUCCCUUUCUCCAACUUAACACCCUCCCUCCCCUCCGACCUGACGAGCGAAGACGACGGCGACAAUCCACGAUAGCGUUCGCAAGCGCCCGCGCCUCUUUUUUCGCGAACGCCACUGACCUAUGUCGCCUGCCGAGACGAGACCCUUUGCUCGACGCAAUUGAUCAUAUCCCAAACCGGCUCAACCCGUCAGGCCCUUUGUGUGUGUGUGACCCUGGGGAGAGAAGAACCAGCCUUCUUCUGCUUCCUUUGAACCUUUGGGCUCAAUCUCACACGCACAAAACCGACCACAUACCACGAGGGUAGUAGUCUCACCGUCAACUCCGUCUAUUGAUUGCAACAGCGAGGCCUAGCAAAGCAACCGCGCGCUCCGCUUCCGCUUCCGCUACCGCAUCCACAUCACACCCUCUCCAUCAGCGAGUGCCGUGUCUUUCCUCCGCCUUCGACGCGAAGCCUGAAAACUGUUCAGUCUCAGCUUCUCACCCCCCGUCUUCGGUCAGCACUCCACAACCACCACCAAACCCGACGCCUUUGCUCGAGGGAAAUCUCGUCCCUGCCGCUCGUUCACGUACCGCACCCCCUCGCAAUUCGCAUCGCCCACGCAACCCACGUGUCAAUCAGCCUUUUUCGUUUUUCGCCUGCGUAUGCUGCUUCGAUAACACACGGCUUUGCAUUUGUUCGCGGUUCGCGUGUUCAUCCAAAGAAGAAAGAAAGGGAAUCAGGUCCAUUAAUCGACGCAUCGCACCGCAAUCGCCUUCUACACACCCCUUAUCUAACCAGCCCUACUAAUCUUUGACGACACAUCCUUCAACGCCACCCUUGGAGCCAUCCCAUCUCUCAUCCGACAUCUCUCCACCACGACACCGCCAAACACAACCUCCCUCCUUCACACAACUGCCGGCCACGGUGCGCCGCAGCCGUAGCCAUGGAUCUUUUUAGACGAGCCGCAAAGGCGACCUCGACGUCGCCACAACUGCCCACUGCCGACGAGAAGCCUGCCACAAAGGCCGCUCGCCAGAACAGAUUGACUUCGCGACUUGCCUUCUUCAGAAGACCGCUGCGACUCCGCGGUAACUCGAGCAUCUCGGUGCCCCUCGGCGUCGUCAUCCUCUUCCCUUUGAUCGUCGUUAUCCUCAUCCUCGUGCUCUUCGUUAGACACCCGAGCUCGCCUGGAAGGAUAUUGAUGCCCGCAGGCGCUCCCCCUGCUAUCAGAAAAAUCAGCGAAGAGCACGACAAGGUCUUCGUCACCGGAUGCCUCGAACCCGAUACGAGCAGACCCAAGGCCAACGGUGCAUUCGUCGUUCUGGCCCGCAACCAGGAGUUGGAAGGCGUCAUUCAAUCCAUCAAGUCCAUUGAGCGUCACUUCAACCGCUGGUACCACUACCCCUACGUCUUCCUGAACGAUGGCGACUUCAAUGAGACCUUCAAGGAGGUUGUCACCAACUACACCUCCGCCCCCGUUGAGUUUGGCAAGGUCGGUCCCGAGAUGUGGGGUUACCCCGACUGGAUCGACCACAAGGUCGCCAAGGAAGGCAUUGCGAAGCAGGGUGACGCCGCUGUCAUGUACGGUGGCUUGGAGAGCUACCACGCCAUGUGCCGAUUUUACUCUGGUUUCUUCUACAAGCACGAACUCCUCGCCAAGUACAACUGGUACUGGCGUCUCGAGCCCGAGAUCAAGUACUUCUGCGAUAUCACCUAUGAUCCUUUCUGGGCCAUGAUCGAUGCCAACAAGACCUACGGCUUCACCAUCGCUGUCAAGGAACUUCGCGAGACUGUCCCCAACAUCUUCAGAUACGCUUCCGCCUACAAGCGCCUCAAAGGCCUCAAGUCCAAGGGCUUGUGGGAGAUGUUCGUCGAUCCCGUCGAAAAGAAGGAAGAGCCGGUCACCGACCAGUCUCCCCUGCCCGAAGAAGUUCUCCGUGCCGACCCCAACCGCAACAACCUGCCUGAUAUCGAUCCCGAAGCUAUGGAAGGCGAGUCGUACAACAUGUGUCAUUUCUGGUCCAAUUUCGAAAUUGCCAGCCUUGACUGGUUCCGCGGCAAGGAGUACGAAGAGUUCUUCGAGAUGAUGGACCGCAGUGGAGGCUUCUGGAUGGAACGCUGGGGUGAUGCCCCCAUCCACUCCUUGGCAGCCGGCGCCCUCCUCUCCCCUCGUGACAUCCACUACUUCCGUGACUUUGGAUACCGACACACCACUAUCCAGCACUGCCCCGCCAAUGCGCCGGCCCGACAGCUGCCCAGACAGCCCUACCUCGAGACGACAACUCUUGACGAGAAGAAGCGUAUCGAGGAAGACAAGUACUGGGAAAACUGGGACGCUGAGAAGGAGAACGGUGUCGGAUGCAGAUGCCGAUGCGACACAGACAUUGUCGACGUCGAGGGCAAGGAGGGAUCGUGCCUUGCUGAAUGGGUCGAUGUUGCCGGUGGAUGGGCCAGCCCGUAAAUGCAACGACAAUGCAUCGCAUACGUAUACGAUGUCACGAGCCAUAGCCAGCAUACGAGCGCUGGCACCAGUCACGGAGGAAACGACAUAAAAAGGGAUUGUAUAUUGACGAAGCGGAGACGUAAGACUCUUUGUCUUCACAGAAGGGUGUCUCAUUAAUGUUGGCACGCAUGGGUGUAACGGCAUCGCCAUUACAGGUCUUUGCUCGAGUUCUUUGGGAGUUAAGGGUUUCAAAGCUUUCGGCCACUGUCCAUAAUCGUUUUCUCUUUUUUUUUCCUUUUCAUCAAACACCACAAGGAAUCGCGACGCAUGAUAUAGAGAGGUGGAAAGCUACAGAAAUGGUUGGCUCAGGUUAUCCCCAGAGCUGCGCAAGUCUUUUUUUCAAGUUGUCGAAAGCAGAGGAAACCGGGAGAAGUGACAACCUCGGAUAGUGAGAGAGAAGGGGAGACAUGCCGCAGGAAGAACGAGGGUGCUGGAUAAGCCCCUUUUACCGCGCGCGCGCAAGGAUACCAAGCUGUAUGAGACGCAUAAACAACGAAAUAUCGACGUCUGUUCUCGGGAGAGCUUUCAAAGUUAGAAGCGCAUGCUGGAAAGCCCCAGCCUUUCCUGUGCCAAUGGUAUACAUGUGGUCUACCAAACAUGAGUGUCACCAUGCUGUGAUGCCUAUCUUGUGAAAGAAGUUUGUAGACACGAGAGAUUCCAGCUAGGUUAAUUCAAGGCCGUAGUUGAAACUUGCUACAGGCAACUUUUUGUAAGAAUGAUUCGAGCCCGG